GGGCCUGGCCAUUAUAGGUUUUACGCUUACCUUACAGAGUGAUUUAGAGUUAGACCAAUCAAACAAUGAAAGCUUAGUGUGGGAAAACAAACUCCUGCCUCCACUGAAUCACCUCUUGCGGUAGUUGGCCUGGUGCAAGCAGGAUUUCCUCCUCCCACACAAUUCCUUCCCCAGUUUUUCCCCUCAGAAGUUGAGGACUGUUACGCAGAGCUGCCUUGGAGAGCAGUAACUGACUCUCAUGGCUAUGUUUUUUGCUUGAAAGAUAGUAGCAACAUGUCUCUUGACUUGAUAAGAGACUUCAGGGACACGAGAUAACGUAGCUGCAGACUUUGAAACAACAGCCUGUUCAGUCUUCGCUGCAGGUCCUUGUUUUUGAACACACUGUAGAGUCUGUUGAGGUGUCCUUGAACUUGUUGAAACAUAACCUCAAUUAUGGUAAAAAGUUUGCCAGAUUAACAAAGGGGGGGAACGAGCCAGUUCGUUCUUUAACAGAAAGUGUAUUUGCAUUAGUUUUUGUUUUUCAAAUGCAAAUACCCUUAGUGUAAGGUGGGGGAGGGGCUAGUGAUUAUCUCAGCCAGGUGGGGAAGAGGACAAUCUCCUGCUGAGGUCCCGAAGAAGAUCCCUCCUCGGAAGCUGUUAUUUGCAGUGGUGCCAAAGAGCAGCAACCUCCUUUUCCAAGUGAGUCAUAGUUGUGUUUGCAGCAACUUUCCACGCUGCAGCGAUAAACUAGCAGGAAAUGGGAAAGAAUUCCCUCGUUGCUGGAACCAGUGCUUCUCCCUCUAUGGAGGAAUUCCACUAUCUCAGCUGAAUUUGCAACAAAACUUCCGCUUGGGGCUGCCACCAGUGCCUGUGCUGUGCGUGUUGACUCUCACAAGUAAAUCACAAUGCGUUCAGUGGGGCGUGCUCUUCCCGGCAUUCGUUUGAUGUGAGGCCUUAACUGGUUCACACCCACAGAACACUGGCUGGCUGAAUAAAUGGAGAAUGAAUCAGACCUGGAUUUUUCUGAGUUUUUAGCUGCUGAGCUGCGCAUCUGUGUGGAGCAGUAUCUACUCAAGAAGCUACCUGCUCAUCAUAUGUGAACAGGAAACGCACAGAGCAAAAAGUCUGACAUAGGCAAUAAAGUUAAACCACACUGCAUGAUGCUUUUGCCUCAUGGAAGGUUUUUUAACUAUGAGAUCCAACUGAUUGAGUGAAGGAUGCAGUUCAGGAAAAAGCUGUGGAGCAUCCUGGCCCUCUGCCUUGUAUUUUUCCUUUGGAAGGUUUACAAGGCUGUGUAUAUGGGCCCUUUGCCUUCCUCUGGAGAAUGGCCACUGAUGGAGUCUCCCUGGGAGGGAAAGAUGUGCAGCCAGAACAGGUGCACAGAGCAUAGCAAGUUGGACUGGUUUUGUGAUCACUUUGAUGCCUCGGUAAACUGCCUGCUGACUCUUAGAAAUCCAGAGGUCCCCUUGGAGGUUCUGCAGUGGUGGCUGAAGCUGCAAGGCUAUCAGGAUGGAAGCCAACUCCAGAAGAUAAUAAAGGACUUGUUUUACAUCCUUCACUCCCCUCCUGUUACAGUCCAGGAUUUUAGCCAGUGUGGAACAUGUGCUGUGGUGGGCAAUUCAGGGAGGCUGAAGGGCUCUAAAUAUGGAAAAAAGAUUGACUCUCACCACUUUGUGCUGAGGAUGAACACAGCACAAACUGCAGGUUUUGAGGAAGAUGUUGGUACAAGAACCACACACCAUUUCAUGUACCCAGAGAGUGCUAUAGACCUGCAUGCUGGCGUCCAUCUUGUGCUCGUCCCCUUCAAACCUCUGGAUCUCAAAUGGCUAGCUAGUGCUUUUUCCUCAGGAGAAAUUAAGCGUACAUACCAAAGAGUCAAGCCCUUCAUUGAAGCUGAUAAAAGCAAGGUCUUAAUACUAAACCCUGCCUUCCUAAAAUAUAUUCACGAUAAAUGGAUGAAGCGCUUUGGAAGGUAUCCAUCCACUGGAUUCGCUGCACUGCUUUUUGCUAUCCAUACGUGUAAACAGGUAUCUGCAUUUGGUUUCGGCGCAGACAGCAGAGGGAACUGGCACCACUACUGGGAAAAGAAUCGGUACGCUGGAGCAUUCCGCAGGACUGGGGUCCACAAUGCCACUUUUGAACUGGCACUCAUUGAGAGACUAGCAGCUGAAGGCAGAGUAUCAUUUUAUAAGUAGCUUGUUCUGGUGCCCCACAGACUUCAAAGUCACUAAUCCAAGAAAGUGAAACCCAAAUCCUGGCCCCAAUGAUGGUCUUUUCAGCCACAAGAGAAGCAAGGUGGAUGGAUUAGAGAUCAAAGCACAGUUCAGCAGCCCAGCGCAGGUAUGUAUGUAUAUACAUAUACAUACACACGUAACACUACUUCUGAACGGAUUACUUUCUUAGCAAGAUGGUCAACUUAAAAUGUUUUUCUUUAAAUUAAAUUUGGACAAUAGAGGCUAUCUCCGAUAGCUGACUUUGUUCUUCUCUUUCAUUGCAUUUUAUGGACAAUAUAGGUUGCUUUAUCCUUGGACAGAGAUUUCAAAAAGCUGAUAUUGACAGUACCUCUCAGGCCUACAUUUGUGCUAAAGCCGCUGUUAUUUAAGUGGUUAAGAAAGGCUAAGUAUAAGGCAGGCAUCCCCAAACUUUGGCCCUCCAGAUGUUUUGGACUACAAUUCCCAUCUUCCCCGACCACUGGUCCUGUUAGCUAGGGAUCAUGGGAGUUGUAGGCCAAAACAUCUGGAGGGCCGCAGUUUGGGGAUGUCUGGUAUAAGGUAUCAAAGGAGCUGGGAAGCAAGCACAGACUACUGAGCAAUAUUCUUGGCUGCAAUGCUAUUUGAUACAGUGUGUUGAAAUAUGAGUAAAAAAAAGCAAAUAUUACACGACUUUAUUAAAACUUUUUCCUGAGAAUUUGGUCCA